AGACUUUGAGCAAGAGCAAUCGUCAGUCCAGUGCUCAUCCGAAGUGCUGGGCUUGAGAGUGAGUGAUGACUGUAACAGGGGCAGCUGAAGCUUAGCUGUGUGGCUCACAGAAAAAGGUGUACAUUGUAUUUCUCUGCUUUGGUAGCAGGUGCAGGCUCUUUACUGAAGGGAGAGUUGCCUAAAAGGAAAAGAAGAGAUAUUUUGUGUGGAUUUUAUUCUGGUUCUUCUGACUGCUACACUAUAUAUUAUAAUUAAGACCUGGAGGAAUGGGGGACACUGGCACCUUUGACUUUUAUCUUGCUGUUUCCUAUUUCUGAAAUCUUAGAUGCAUCCUUAGUUUAAAAAUAUUUUUGGGGUGUGACUAUUUUUGGUCUCAGCUGAUUAUCUCAAGCUAAAUAUACACUGUAUUGUUGUGGACUUGACAGUGUUCUAGGGGCACCUUUGGACCCCAACUUGCAACCAACAUUGACUAACUUGGCUAUAGCAGUGAGAGGACAAUGCCUGGAUUAUCCUAUAAUAAGCGACUCUGUAACUUGCCUGUUGGAAGCUGCAAGUGAAUCAGGGACUGGACGCUGUCGGUUAGCUACUGGCUGCAUUCCACCAGUUUGUCUGAAGACUGUAAACAUCUUGACAACCUUCACUAGCUGGUAGGAUACACGCACAACGAAAGAGACAACAGGAUCACCCUUCACACUCUGGGUCAGGAGGGAUUAGUUGAAGAAUGCUGGUCCCAGGUGCCCAACAGGAAGAUGGUGAUGCGUUGGCCAAGAGCCACAGCUGUUAGAUGGUUGCUGUUGAUGCUCGUAUGGCAGUGGACAGUGCUGGGCCACCUCGGCUGGGUUCUGGCCCUGGCUGAGGGGCAGCAGAGUAACAACCCCUCGCUCACUGCUGCCAGCACCGGACACCAGAGUGGCGACCAAUUGGAUUGGCUGCUGUCUGAGAAGGGACCUUUCCACCGUUCUCCGGAAUACACAGAGUUCAAAGAACGCUUCCAGCAAGGAUUCUCCACACGCUAUAAGAUCUACAGGGAAUUCAGCCAUUGGAAAGUAAACAGCUUGGCUACAGAGAAGAGGGACGUUUUUAAGGCCCCCUUGCCACUGGCGCCGGAGUUUCUACGCAACCUGAGGCUGCUGGGUCGAAGGCCAAGUCUGCAGCAGAUCCACGAGAACUUGAUCAAGAAAUAUGGGACACACUUUCUGGUGUCUGCUACGCUAGGAGGAGAAGAAUCAUUGACAAUCUUCCUGGAUAAGCAGAAGCUCAGUAAGAAAUCGGAGGGACAGGGAAACAGCUCGGUGGUCUCCCUGGAAGUACUGCAUCAGUUGGCUGCCUCUUAUUUCACAGACCGCGAGAGCACCUUAAGAAGACUUCACCACCUACAGAUAGCCACCUCCGCCAUAAAGGUAACAGAAACUAGGACUGGGCCACUUGGAUGCAGUAACUAUGACAGCCUUGAUUCUGUUAGCUCUGUCUUGGUACACAGUCCUGAAAAUAAAAUACAUCUAAAAGGUUUACAGGAUGUCCUUCCAGAAUUCCUCCGGAACCGUUUUGUGGAGGCUGCUCUCAGCUACGUGGCAUGCAACACUGAGGGGGAGCUUUUGUGUCGUAACAAUGACUGCUGGUGCCGCUGCUCUGCCAAGUUCCCUGAUUGUAACUGCCCCUUGGCUGAUAUCAAAGUCAUGGAGGAAAAUCUGCACAAAAGCAAGGAAUCCUGGACCAACUUCAACACUGAAUUUAUGGAAUCAGAUGAAUUCAAGGCCUUCAUGAAAAAACUACCAACGGACCGUUUUUUAAACACAUCCAUGGUAUUCAAGUUUUGGGCAACAGAUGCAGCUCUCCAGAAGCGCUACAGCCAAUUGGAGAUCAGCACCAAUUUGGUUCUUGGGAAAGCCCAGAAGAUUGUGAGGAAACUCUUCACUCUGAGCAAGCGCUGUCCCAAACUGCCAAGGAUCAGCCUCUCUAGAGAAAGGACACCAGGAUUUUGGCUGAGCAAGGCCCAGUCACUCCUGUACUGCAACGAGCAUGGAAUCUUGGGCACGUUUUCAGAGGAGAUGCAGAGCUGCACCUGCACUGCAGAGCACAGUAGCGCCUGCCAGGGGACAGUGCCCUGUGAGGUCGGAGAGGGGUCAACCUGCCUCUCAUGUGCCCCGGACAACAUCACCCGCUGUGGCUCCUGCCACCCUGGCAACAUCCUGCAUCUGGGCUCGUGUCGGCCCAACAUAGCAAACUCUCUGGACCACUACCUGAACAUUGACUUUGACAUGCCGGACACAGAGGUCAAGUAUCUGCUCCAACAGCUGGACAGUCGCAUGGAGGUCCAUGCCAUCUACAUCAGCAAUGAUGUGCGUCUGGGCAGCUGGUUCAACCCGGCCUGGAGGAAACGCAUGCUACUCACUCUAAAGAGCAACAAAAACAAAUCCAACCUCAUUCAUAUGCUAAUGGGAAUCUCAUUCCAGAUCUGCUCCACUAAAAACAGUACCCUGGAGCCUGUGCCUGCUAUCUAUGUCAACCCAUUUGGGGGCAGCCAUUCGGAGAGUUGGUUCAUGCCUGUCAACCAGCAGGACUUCCCAGACUGGGAGAGAACUAAAUUGGAUGCCUCUCUGCAGUGCUACAACUGGACGCUGAUGCUGGGCAACAAGUGGAAGUCCUUCUUCGAGACGGUGCACAUUUACCUGCGCAGCCGCAUCCUGACCGACGACCCCACUGUCAACGAGACCCUUUUCUACGAGCCCCUGGACCUGGAUGACCACACGUCCAACCUGGGCUACAUGAAGAUCAACAGUCUCAAGGUGUUCGGCUACAGCAUGCACUUUGACCCAGAGGGCAUCAAAGACCUGAUUAUGCAGCUGGACUACCCGUACACGCAAGGAACCCAGGACGCAGCCUUUCAUAUGCUGCUGGAGAUGAGAGACCGCAUCAACCGGCUCUCCCCGCCCGGAGUGCAGCCAUUGGACAUCUUUUCAUGUCUGCUCCGACACAGGCUCAAGCUCUCCACCAGCGAGGUGGUGCGCAUCCGAGACUCCCUCCAGAUUUUCAACUCCAAGCUGCCCAAUUCCUCUGAGGCAGAACUGGGCCAGUUAUGCAGCUAGCUCAGUCUAAAUUAGGGUCCAGAGAGUGCUGAGCUGCUGGUUACUCUUCAGUCAUCCGCCAAUUUAUCCAUCUGGUUUGGAAAACAUGUACAUACAUUUCUGAGAUGUCUAGAACAUUCCUAUACACUUGCUGAAAGACUGUGGCGUGUGUUGAAUCUGUUGAAUGUGGAGUGAUGUCAUGACAACAGAUAGAGUUUUUAAUAUAGAAAGCAAGGAGCUCAGAUGAGUUUUCAAAAGGAUCACUAUGGCUGUUCAUCUGUUGGCAUGAAGUUGAGGAAACGGAACAGGAUUUCCCUUUCUAACUUUUUUUAUUUGGUUACAGAACCAUUUAAUUUAAAAGGGAAAAUAUGAUGUGCUGAAUGAGUUGUUGAUUAUGCUUAACGGUUUAGUUUGAUAAUCCUUCACAUUUGUUUAUCCUUGCCUUUCCAUUUUAUCUUUCGUUCAAAACCAUACAAGAUAUGUAUUUGUGCUUAACAUUUGGUUGAGAAGCCCCUGACUGAAUCGUUCUAUUCAGCAACAUUACUUUACCAAAAGAAGGUGAACAUUGUGGCAAACCGAGUGGCAUAAAUGUCUUAAAUGUUGAGUUGAGUUUUUCAGCGGACUUCAAAAUGAAUUCUUCUGACAAGGUGACAAAAGGUCUGUGGAUACAGCUCUGUAAAUAUUGCUCCAUCUAUGUGGAAAGUGCACAUACUUUUUUAUUUGAUAACCAAGUGCAAACACCCCAAAAAUAUUUGUAACAAAAAAUAAAUCAUGCCUUAUAAUGGAGAGUCAAUAUUCAGAUAAAAAGCACAUUUAGUUCAGUUUAAUUUCCAAGCUAGAUGUUUUGAAUAUAUUUUGCAGACAUAACACCUUUUUUGGAAUAGGCUAACUGUAUUUGCAUUCUAAUGAGUACACUGUAUUGUGGAUCUUACCUGUAAAUGCCAGUCACAAUUCCAGUUAAACAUAUUGCGGAAUUGUAUUAUUUUUUAAACUAGUUCUUUAACUCAAAUGUUUAUUAAUGGUAUUCGCGGUAGGCCUAGAUUGGAACUCAAAUUAACAUGAGCUGAUGAACUGGAGACCAUGCAUUUCUCUUAGUACAGUAUAUUCCAACUGGAUAUGUUUCAAAUCUUUUACACGGAUUGUGAUGGUUCAACUAUUGACCAUACUGCUGUAUCUAUGUCAUAUGUUAAAGUACUAUUUGACCUUUCAUUAUUUACAAAACCUACAUCUUGAGUGAAAAAUUGCUGUCAUAAAUCUACUGCUGGAAUAGCUGUGUUUCUAGGAUUUAUCAAUUGUAACAUUGGACAAUAGGAACAUUUGGUCUCGACAAAGAACACAUAUUUAAAUGUCCCUCUUCGCUGUACGAAUCCUCUUUGUUACCAUGAAAUGGAAUUACCCUGGGUGCUUCCUGAUAAGAUGAAUGUUCUCUAAUAUAUGAAGUGCAGCAUUUGCAAGUUAAAACUCAUUUCCAAGGUUGUCACAGUGCACGGGAACCAAACACACAUUGUCACAUUGCAUCAAACUCACUGUGCUUCUGAACAACAUGGGAAAAACAUCAAACUAUUUUAAUAAAAUGGGAGUCACAAACACAGAGUUUGUAAAUAAAAGUUAUUUAUCUUGAUGUCAUCUAGAAAUCAUCACUUGCCCUUCAGCUAAUCGUCAGGACAGUGAAGGACACCUAAUCAAUCAAGGAGGGUCUAUUAUGCUGUGUAAACAUUUCAAACAUUCCCACAAGAAAAUGAGGGAAAUGGGGUUGGCAAUUUUUCUCCAAUGAUUUAUUAUGUUUUGAGAGUCCAAUAAUUUAAUUGAUGUUGUGGUAUUGGUCAAAUAAAAUGUGGUCCUUGUACUUA